AAGAAGAAGAAGAAAUUACGGAAGUACGGCUUCCAAACAGAUUCCCGUUGGAAGAGGAAAAUACAGUAUCGCCUCCCUGUCAUUAAAACUAAUUAAAUCUUGGGCUAACCAUUACUCAAAAAGACGAUGGGCACUAGAGAUGACGAAUAUGAUUAUUUGUUCAAAGUGGUCCUCAUCGGUGACUCAGGCGUGGGGAAGAGUAACCUGCUGUCCCGUUUCACCCGCAAUGAGUUCAACCUGGAGAGUAAGAGCACCAUCGGAGUCGAGUUCGCCACACGCAGCAUCCAGGUGGACGGCAAGACGGUGAAGGCUCAGAUCUGGGAUACAGCCGGCCAGGAGCGUUACCGCGCCAUCACAUCAGCGUACUACCGCGGGGCGGUGGGGGCUCUCCUGGUUUACGACAUCGCCAAGCAUCUAACUUACGAGAACGUGGAGCGCUGGCUGAAGGAGCUGAGAGAUCACGCCGACAGCAACAUCGUCAUCAUGCUGGUGGGCAACAAGAGCGACCUGCGUCACCUCCGAGCCGUUCCCACCGACGAGGCCCGGGCUUUCGCUGAGAAGAACGGUUUAUCUUUCCUGGAGACAUCGGCUCUGGAUUCCACCAACGUUGAGACAGCCUUCCAGACCAUUCUGACAGAGAUCUACCGUAUCGUCUCCCAGAAGCAGAUGUCGGAGCGCCAGGAGAGCGACAUGUCACCCAGCAACAACGUGGUCAACAUCCAGGUGCAGCCCACCGAGAACAAACCAAAGAUGCAGUGCUGUCAGAACAUCUAGCCCAGUCCUGGAUCUGCUGCUAUCCCUCCUCCUCCUCCUCCUCCUCCCUGUCUCCCCCUCCUCUCUCUCUCCACAGUCCUGCCUCCCUCCCUCCCUCCUCCUCCUCCUCCUCCUCCUCCUCUACCCAGCUCCCAGCUGCCUGACUCACCACUCACCCUCCUUCUUCCUCCCCCUCCUCAGAAAAUAGACUGCCUCGGUGUACUGCGUGGAGUGGGAGGGACGAGCCACAGCUUCAAGGCUGUGACCCGAACUCUGCACCUACCUGUACCUGCCUCCCCCCCCACCCAGCCCCCUCCUCCUCCUGCUCCUCCUCCUCCUCCUCCUCCCCUCCCUACCCCAGGUAAAUAAACCCCGUUAUAAGAAGUCACCGCGUGGGGUGGCCCCCCAAGCAGAGCCCCUCUGUCUUUAGGCUACUGCAGGACAGCAGGCAGCAGGCAUUUCAUAUCACUUUAGAUUUCAUUACUGUAGAUGCGCUGACAUGUCACAAAAAUGUCUUAAUAUAUGAAUGUGAUUUGUUUUCUUCUUCUUCUCUUUUUUUUUCUUCAUACUUUGUGCUCCUGUUGAUUUCUCACUUUUUUAUGAUCUUUCUCUGUAUUGUAUCAUAUAUCUACUAUUAGGUAUAUAUGAAUUUAAAGCACAUCAAAGUUGCUCUGAAGUGUAUUCCUCUAUACAAGCUGUCUGUCAUUUUUAGGCUUCCCCCCCCUCCCUCCUCCUCCUCCUCCUCUUCCUCCUCCUCCUCCUCCUCUUCCUCUCCUCCUCUUUAGUGCAAUGUACUGUUUGGAAACCAUGUGGAUGUAUCGGGCACAGUGUAGACGCGUGUGCUCCGUCGUCGCGGUAGUGUCAUGCCAUUCUGAUCUGAUUGCUGUGAAUAUGACGCUAGUGAAACGUAGAACCUUUCGCAUUUGCAGAGCUUCAGUUUGCGCCGUUGGGGGUGUGGGGG